GGUGGAGGAGGAGGAGAAGGAGGAGGAGGUCCUCAACUUGGCUCUCGGUAGUCGGGCUUCUCCUGGCGCGGCGCAGACUCAGCUCCCCACCGGACCGGUAUGAGCUACCCCCCUUGGAGGAAGUGAGCCGCGCCGACCGUGAAAGAUGCAGCCGGAGGACAUGGAGGUACCUUUAAUUAAUAACCUUAACGAUAACGGCGACAGACAGAGGCCGAAAGGGAAAGAUGUGUUCAAGGAUCAGCAGAAGGAGUCUGAGAGCUCCAUGGAUUCUCCCAACCUGGAGUUUGAAUACGGAGACACGGACAUGCUCACUGCUGAGCUCUCAGAACUCUACAGUUACACCGAAGAGCCAGAGUUUGCCCUGAACAGAGACUACUUUGAGGAGGAUUUCAGGAGCCAUGCUCGAGGCAGGAGGUGGACCGAGCUGAUGGUAGAGGAGCAGAAGGCGUAUGUAAUGAGGCUGUUGGAUGCGCUAGAGGUGACGGACAGAGACAAGAGGCUGAAGGUGGCCAGGGCCAUCCUUUACCUGGCUCAGGGAGUGUUUGAUGAGUGUGACACAGAGGUGGAUGCUCUCCACUGGUCCAGACACAAUGUCUUUCUGCUCUACGACAUGGGCAUCUUCACUGCACUGCUGGAGCUGCUCAGCAUGGAGAUAGAUAACAACCAGGCAUGCAGCAGUGCGGUGAGGAAGCCUGCCAUCUCUCUCGCAGACAGCACAGAGCUCAGAGUGUUGCUGAGCAUCAUGUACCUGAUGGUGGAAACCAUUCGAGUUCAAACAGAAGACGACCGACCGGAGUGGAAAUCAGCCAGAGAGGUCUUUAAGAGUGAGCUAAGUUCACCUCUGUACAACGGAGAGCCUUUUGCUCUGCUGCUCUUCACCAUGGUGACCAAGUUCUGCAGCAUGAACGCACCACACUUCCCCAUGAAGAAAGUACUACUGCUGCUGUGGAAAACAAUACUGUUCACUUUGGGAGGGUUCGAGGAGCUCCAGGAGAUGAAGGUGCGAGGCCGGGAGCGUCUCAACCUCCCCCCCCUCCCAGAAGACAGCAUCAAGGUGGUUAGAGCCAUGAGAGCGGCCUCCCCCCCGGCCUCCGCCAUGGAGCUCAUCGAACAGCAGCAGCAGCAGAAGCGAGGCCGCCGUAGCCGGAGGAGUGCCUUUGUUGAUAGCUUGGAAGGAGACAGUCCCUUUCCCAAGAAGCAGCCGUUGGUCAAACAGGACAGCUUGGACACGUACAACGAGCGGGACCCCUUCAAGAAUGAUGACACACGGGACGAGGAGGAGGACCCAGAGGACACUGACAGUGGCAUCGAGGGUGAGGUGGACCCUCUGGACCGUGAUGUCAUCAUUCAGCCACCGCCGCCACCACCUCCGCUGAGACCUCCAAAUGAAAGGGUCAACAUCCCCAAGGGCCUCCCCUGGGUCCCUAAAGUCAGGGAGAAGGACAUCGAACACUUCCUUGAGACCAGCAGGAACAAGUUCAUUGGUUUUACUCUGGGAAAUGAUAUCGAGACUCUAGUGGGCUUGCCCAGACCCAUCCAUGAGAGUGUUAAAACCCUCAAACAGCACAAAUAUGUGUCCAUUGCUGAGGUCCAGAUCAAGAGAGAAGAGGAGCUGCAGCAGUGUCCGCUAACUCUGGGUGAGGAGGAAGUGGAGGAGACACCAGCUGAAAUGUUAUAUGUGGGAAUGCUUCCCAACCUCUCACAGUAUGUGAUUGCCCUCCUGAAGCUGCUGCUGGCUGCAGCUCCAACCUCCAAAGCUAAAACCGACUCUAUUAACAUCCUGGCUGAUGUGCUGCCUGAAGAGAUGCCUAUCACAGUCCUACAAAGCAUGAAGCUGGGGAUUGACGUAAACCGUCACAAGGAAAUCGUCGUCAAGGCUAUAUCUGCUCUGCUGCUGCUGCUCCUCAAGCACUUCAAACUCAACCACAUCUAUCAGUUUGAAAUUGUCUCCCAGCACCUUGUGUUUGCCAACUGCAUCCCACUCAUUCUGAAGUUUUUCAACCAGAACAUCAUGUCCUACAUCAGUGCCAAAAACAGCAUAUGUGUGCUGGACUUUCCCCACUGUGUGGUCCACGAGAUGCCUGAGCUUACAGCCGAGAGCCUGGAAGCAGGAGACAGCAACCAGUUCUGCUGGAGGAACCUGUUUUCUUGUAUUAAUUUGCUGAGGAUCCUAAACAAGCUGACCAAGUGGAAACACUCCAGGACCAUGAUGUUGGUUGUUUUCAAGUCUGCCCCCAUCUUGAAACGAGCUCUGAAGGUGAAGCAGGCCAUGAUGCAGCUCUAUGUUCUCAAACUGCUUAAGAUCCAGACCAAGUACCUGGGCCGCCAGUGGAGGAAGAGUAACAUGAAGACCAUGUCAGCUAUCUACCAGAAAGUCCGCCACCGGCUCAACGAUGACUGGGCCUAUGGAAAUGAUAUCGAUGCCCGGCCCUGGGACUUCCAAGCGGAGGAGUGCGCCCUGCGGGAAAGCAUUGAGAAGUUUAACAGCCGGCGCUACGACAAGAACAAAAACGGAGACUUCAUGCCCGUGGACAACUGCCUGCAGAGCGUGCUGGGCCAACGCGUGGAGCUCCCAGAAGACUUCCACUACAGCUACGAGAUGUGGCUGGAGAGAGAGGUGUUCUCACAACCUAUCCAGUGGGAGGGGCUGCUACAGAAUCCUUAACACACAGGAAAGAGAGGGUCAAAGGGGGAAGGCAAUGGAGCAGUGAAGAGGUCACAUAUGAGCCUGCUGGAGAGGUUUAAGGGUGUGUUCUUGCUGCAUAAAAUAAAGUUAUAUUGAAUUGUAUUGAUGGGAGCAAGUCCUCUCUAAGGCCAUGUAGCAAAGAGAGAAAGAAAGAGAAGAUAGCUCAGCUUUGCCACACACACACACACGUUUUACACUAACGUGCCUCUGACUACUGCAAACACACCUACCAGGUAAGAACAGAAGUAGCAGUUCAUAAGAAACAUCUUAUACUGUUGUAGCAGGUAAAACUGUUAUACUGCCUCACAAAAAUGUCAGUUUAUAUAGUGAGUCCCCCUUCUUUGAUAUGUCGGUGCUUUUCUGAUUCCUUGGUGACGUUUUCCUAUUUAUUUGUAACAGUGUGUGUGGUUAACAUUUUAUGAUUAACACAUUUUUUUUAAAGAUGUAAAUUUGAAAGGUUUAUAGUCUUUUUAUUUAAAAGAGAAGCAAAGUCUGUUAUAGGUUUGGGGUUUUAGAUUGUGAAUGAUUUUAAAAAAUUUCUUACGCAUUUUUUAGAAAAGAGAAAUAAAUCACAGGGUUAUGAUAGUACAAAUGUAGACAUGGGAGCUGUUUGCUCUUAUGAUGCCAAAAAAUAUAUAAAAAAGCAAAACAAAAUAGAAAUAUACCAGCUAUGAGCGUAUGGGUGUUGUUCAUGAAAGUCUGUGUACAGAAAGAAUAUGAUGAAAAUCUAUAAGUGGGGAGAUGAGAAAAGAAGGGUUAGUAGGAGUAAAACAAUAAAACAUCUUGUUUCCCCAGAUAGAAAAUUCAUGUCACAUUGAAUUCCUGCUGUUCCAAAAUCUGUUGUGAUCUAUUGCAGGGUCUCCAAUGAGGUUCUUUUAUUUGCAUUUAGAACAUGUAAGUAAAAUAAAGUAAAAAGAAAAAUAACAUUUGAAAAAGUAAACUUUGCAGAAGCACAGCAACAUGUAAUAGUGUUUUGCUGCCACUUGGGGGCAGUAUCAGAAACAUGUUGCUUUAGCUUUCCUCUAGUGUGAAAAGACAGAGGCCAAAGUGGGCAAAUAUCUGAUUUGUUGUGGAGUUAAACCAAGUGUUAAAUAAUGUUAAUUACAGAGCAGUGGUUGUCUGUGCUUUCCUGCCUUUUCUGUUCAAUGUAUUUGUUUUUUUGUUUUAAAAUCAGUUCUUGUUGCCCCCUUUCAGCUUAAGCCAACUUUAAGCCAAUUAGCAUUUAACUAAUGCAUCAUCUUCAAUGCAGUGAUAAAUUUUAAACACUGAGAGCACUGCAAAUGUAUACCUCAGUAAAGAUUUGCAACAUGCUUUACGUCAAUGCACAAAAAUAUAAGGUAAAUUGAGGUGUUGUUUGCUGUUUCAAAUAAGCCCUAGUUUGCAUUAGUGGAAAUAGAAACAUCUUCAUAACUCAUUUCUGCCCUUGCAAAGAUGAAAAUUAAACAGAACGUUAUAUCUGAUAUAUACUAUCUGAGGUAUUGCCAGAGAUAAAAAUAAUUCCUGAAAGAAAUCUCUCCAUGGACGGAGUUUUUUCUUAUCUCAAGCUUUGUUUCUGGCUUUUACAACUUCUUCUACUGAAUUACAACCACAAGCAAUGCUAGCUAGCUUAUGCUGUCACCCUCUGACAAAAUGACAGUCUUGUUUAUUUACAUUUAUAGAAAUGUAUCUGAGUCACUUUUUUACUGUUGUCCUCCUGGAUUUGUUAACUUACAUAUCGAAACUUAGCUGCUUUACAGUUCUGGAUGUUUCCACAGAAAAGUUCCUGAAGGCAAGGGUAAAAUCUAUAGAGGGGGGGCCUUGCAGAUAGCAGCAUUCGAUCUUUGAGCUUUUCAGUGAGACGAUCUGAGGUUUUCUCAAAGCUCAGCAAUGACCAGAACAGCAGGAAUUCUGUUCUCAUGUCAAGCCGUUGACACCCUCUCCUAUCUGUCCAACUACAGCACAAUACAUCAACCACUGACCACACUUGUGGUGGACACAACUGUCACAGAAAUGGUGCUGUUUUUCUCAUUUGUGUUUUAUUUUUUUUCCCCCUUCAGCCGCAACUACCUAAGCGGGGUGCCAGAGUCCAGAACUCUAGUGUCACUACCUAAGCACAGAAACAAGCACAGAGGACAAAAAGCAUGAUUGUCUCUUUUUGGUGUAAUUUUAGCUUUAUUCAGUUUGCCUACUCGCUUCAAGGGGACAAGAGCUGUCAUGUAGUAUCACUGUAUCCAUUAGAAUGACCAUUUCAAUGCUCAAUCUUGUGCCUCUAUGUAGAUAUGUGCAUGACCACUGUUCUGUUAUGUACCUGUGUUCACACUGAAAUAUGGCAUUUGAAUGGUUUUGUCUCGAUAUUUCCAGCACCAUCAGUGUUGUAUUUUAGCUCUUAAAGGGUCAGUGUUCUGCAUCAAAAGUGGUUUUUGUUGUUUUUUUUUCUUUAGGAAUGCAUUAUUUUAAAAAGUAAUACACAUUAUAUAUUCUCAGGUUUAUGGAGAUAAUAUACUGCAAAAGUUUUUAAAAUGCUUCCUCGCCAUUGUCUCGCUCACUACCUGCAGAGAAGAAAACAUAUUUAUUGUCUUACUGAAAUACAAAGAGAACGCCAGAAGCACUAAACAUUUACUGCACAUCGCUACAAAACACGAUUGUGAGUUUGUGUCUGUCACUUUUCAAAUGAGAUUUACGUUUUUUUGUAUAUUGUGCCAAAUGUGAGUACCAUUUCCUGUUUAUUUUGUUUUCUCUGACAGUUUUUGCAUUCAAAUCAAUACAAAAGGUUUGCAAUACAAACAUUUUUUUUUUAUCAGAAAAAUUAUACAAUCAAUAAGAAUAGCUGUUUCUUGUAACUGGUACAAUAUUUCUGAAAAGUUUAGCAUUUUAUGGAUGUUACAGUAUAUAGAUGUGUGUUUUGUUGCUCACUCUUCCAUAUCUGUAUUGUCUGGAAACAGUAAAUACUCUAAGUACUGACUUUGUUCAGGGGUAUGUGCAAUUACAGAUCCAUAGAGGCAUUAUACAAUAGAGUGACAAAUGACAAUAACAGAGUUGGUUAUUAAACAGUGUUGAACACUU